AUGAAGAUAGAACUCAGUGAGGUCACCGACUAUACAGUGUGGUCAGCACACAAAGCCGUGAUGAGGGGCCAGUUCAUCAGGCAAUCAGCGUACAUAAAGAGACAUCACCAGACCACCCUACUAGAAUGCCACAAGCAAAUAGCGAUAAACACAGCCCAAAACAAGAAAACACCCACGGCAGCCCUAGCAGACAAAUUAAGAGGUCUGUAUCAGGACCUAAAUGAGCUCAACGCCCAAAAGACCCAAUAUUUCCUACAUAGACUAAGAGCCACCACAUACCACCACAGCGGCAAGGCAACUAAAUACUUGGCCAACAGACUAAGAACUAAGCAGGCCGCCAAUAGAAUCCCACACCUCAUAGGACACACAGGAGAAAAACUCAUGAACCCCAUGGACAUAGUGCAGGAAUUUGCACACUUUUACAAACAGCUAUAUAACCUAAACACAAGUGGGGGCGCAACAGCUCCAGACACACAAUCUAUUCGCAGUUACCUACAGGGUGUGGAACUCCCCAAACUAGACCAAGAAUCAGUGAGCGCCCUACUAGAACCGAUCUCCAUACAGGAGAUCCAGACGGUAAUUAAGAGUCUGCCCUCGGGCAAAUCCCCGGGCGCAGAUGGCUUCUCAAACAGCUAUUACAAGACAUUCAUAGAUAUACUAACCCCAAACCUGCUCAAGGUAUACCACACAGCGACUGAAACAGGAUCCCUUCCCCCUGAAAUGCUGGUGGCCACAAUAGUGACACUCCCGAAACCAGACAAACCUACGGACAGCUGCAAAAAUUUUAGACCUAUAUCCCUCCUUAAUACAGACGCGAAGAUAUAUGCUAAGAUAUUGGCCAACAGACUGGCACCCAUCCUCCCAACUAUCAUAGGAGACGACCAAACAGGAUUCAUCAAGAGUAGGCAGGGUAGGGACAAUACUAGAAAACUUUCCUUGGUGCUGGAAAAAAUGAGGGGAUCAGGACAGGGUGGGCUUUUAUUAGCCCUCAAUGCCGAAAAGGCGUUUGACAGAUUGAAUUGGUCAUUUCUCGAACACACACUUCAAAAAUACGACAUCCCCUCCGAAUUUAUUAAACAAAUAUUAGCUCUGUACGCAGGCCCCAUGGCCCGAGUGCUGCAAGCCGGCUUCCUCUCAGACCCGUUCCCCCUGACAAACGGCACGAGGCAGGGAUGCCCUUUAUCACCGCUGUUGUACGUCCUGGCCCUAGAACCACUACUAGUCCAAAUUAGAAAUCAAGAGGGUAUUAAAGGAAUAGAGCUUCACGGCAGGGAAAUUAAAAUUAGCGCAUUUGCAGAUGACAUACUCCUCUGUGUCACUGAGCCUGAACAGUCGACCACACUCAUUUUAGAUCUCAUCAGGGAAUAUGGCAAGAGAUCUUACUACUCUCUCAAUGCCAGUAAGACACAAGCGUUGGGAGUGCGGCUUAAUCACCGAACCCUGACUGUCCUCAAAGAGAAACACCAUUUUGAGUGGAGAACAGGUACAAUAAAAUAUCUAGGACUGACCUUUACGAAAAACCCUACAGAGACCUUCUCGGCCAACUACGUUAAGGUGAGGGGAGAAUGCCGCCAAUUGAUGAAGAAAUGGGGCACACUGUUUCUGACCUGGACAGAGAGAGUAGCAACCAUCAAAAUAUCCAUACUUCCUAGGCUCCAAUACCUGUUUCGCAACCUACCGAUUCAGGUACCCGCAUCCUACCUCCGAGAAGCUCAAAGAGACAUGAAUAGAUUUGUGUGGGGGGGUCAAAAGGCCCGAGUAAAGGGUACACUGCUACGAGCACCAGCGAGAAAGGGGGGCCUAGCCUUACCGGACAUUAAGUCAUACUACCAAGCAGCAACGCUAGCAGCGCUUCUUCCCCAUUUCACAACCACAACUACACUGCAGUGGGUGCACUUAGAAAAACUAGCGGUCAAGCCCUUUGACAUUCCCACCCUACUGUGGCUUCCAAAUCGGUUUAGACCAGAAGUGACACAGAUGCCAGCACAGAUAAAAAUAGCACUAAACACUUGGGACAAAAUCCGACACAAACACCCUAUCACCGGCCACCCCGCUCCAUACUAUAACGUAUUGUAUCCCAACCAUCAACGCAAAGCCCUGGAUGACAAACGGGGUCACUCACCUGUGCCAAAUGUUCACACAGAACACACUAAAAACUUUUCCAGACUUACAGGAAGAAUAUCGUGUACCAGCGGCCUCUCAAUUUUCCCAUAUGCAACUAAGCUCGUUUCUGCGUAA